UCCUUCCUUCCUUCCUUCCUUCCUUCCUUCCUUCCUUCUUUGUCGUUGUCAGUCAGGCAACUUUUUUCUGCCCUUUGCAGUCCUCCGACUUGCACCCUACUUCUGUGCUUCCGAGUACCAGCGUGAAGUCAAUUGACGUUUCAAUUCAAAGGAUGUUGUUCUCCCCAUCAACAUCGCUUGUUCUCCUUGCAGGCUCUUUUGUGAGCUUUGCAACUGCCCAGAACGACGGCGAUUUCUCUCCCCCAAGCUACCCCUCACCAUGGAUGCGAGGCGGCAAUGGUUGGCAAGAUGCCUAUGCCAAAGCACAGCAGUUUGUGAGCGGAUUGACCUUGCUUGAGAAGAUCAAUCUCACAACCGGUGUGGGAUGGGAGGGCGAGGCUUGUGUUGGCAAUACAGGGUCAAUUCCAAGGCUGAAUUUUGCGGGAAUCUGCUUGCAGGAUUCUCCGUUGGGAAUUAGAUUUGCGGAUCUCAACUCUGCCUUUCCAUCUGGCAUGAAUGCCGCAGCAACAUGGACGACUCGCCUCUUCAAAUCUCGCGGCAACGCAAUGGGUAUGGAACAUCGAGGGAAAGGAAUCGACGUUCAGUUAGGUCCUGUUGCUGGCCCACUCGGUCGUGUCCCUGCUGGUGGACGGAAUUGGGAAGGUAUGUCAUGACCCUGAGGCCAUCUAACGUAAAAAAUCAGUAAAUGAGAAGAAAUGACUGACAAUAGUCAGGCUUCAGUCCUGAUCCCGUGCUCACCGGAAUCGCAAUGGCCGAAACGAUCAAAGGCAUUCAAGACGCUGGUGUUGUGGCUUGUGCGAAGCAUUAUAUCAUGAAUGAGCAGGAACAUAACCGCGAACCGAAUGGCACGGUCAAGUUUGCGUAUUCAGCGAAUCUGGAUGAUAAGACUAUGCAUGAGUUGUAUCUAUGGCCGUUUGCGGAUUCUGUUCGUGCUGGUGUUGGAUCGAUCAUGUGUUCGUACAAUCAGAUCAACAACAGUUACGGCUCUCAAAACUCCUACACGUUGAACUACCUACUCAAGAACGAGCUCGACUUCCAGGGAUUCGUUGUCAGCGAUUGGUGGGCACAACACACUGGUGUAGCUUCAGCCCUAGCGGGUCUUGACAUGACUAUGGCAGGAGAUCAAAAUCUCGCAUCCGGGAACACAUGGUGGGGAUCUAACCUGACAGCUGCUGUCCUGAACGGAACGAUGCCACAAUGGCGUCUGGAUGAUAUGGUAACGAGGAUCAUGUCUGCAUACUUCAAGGUCGGACGAGACACCGCUCGCGUUCCGACAAAUUUCAACUCAUGGUCCUCAGAAACAUUCGGCUACAUCCACCCGCAAGCCAACGAAGGCUACCAGCAGAUCAACUACCACGUCAAUGUGCAAGAUGAUCAUGCUCGUCUCUGUCGCGAAAUUGCAGGCGCUUCGACAGUUCUUCUUAAGAAUGUGAAGGGUACGCUACCGCUGAAGAAACCAAGGAGCAUUGCAGUGAUUGGAGAGGAUGCGCAUGACAAUCCUGGAGGGCCAAACUCGUGCGGUGAUAGAGGGUGCAACCGCGGGACACUAGCUAUGGGCUGGGGCUCAGGAACAGCCAACUUCCCUUAUCUCAUAGCACCAAACACAGCAUUGAAAGAACAGGCUGCUCGAGAUGGCACGAAAUACACCAAUGUCAGCGACAAUUACAACUUUGCCGCCGUCACAGCCGCCAUCCAAGGAACCGACGCAGCCAUAGUAUUCGCCAACGCUGACUCAGGUGAAGCUUAUAUCUCCGUGGAUGGUAAUACCGGUGAUCGCAAUAACCUCACACUCUGGGGUAACGGUGACGCUCUCAUCCAACAUGUUGCUUCCCAACACCCCAACACCAUCGUCGUACUACACACAGUUGGUGCCGUCAUCGUCGAAGCCUUCAAGAACCACCCUAACAUCACCGCCCUUCUCUGGGCCGGUCUCCCAGGUCAAGAAUCUGGCAAUGCCAUCACGGACAUCUUAUACGGCAAGCGUAACCCAUCUGCAAAGAAUGUGUUUACGUGGGGCAAGAAGCGCGAGGAUUGGGGUGUGGAUGUCGUUUAUACGCCAACCGCUGAUCCGCCGCAAUUGAAUUUCAAAGAGGGGAAUUUCAUCGAUUAUAGAUAUUUCGAUGCAAACAACAUUGAGCCAUCUUAUGAGUUUGGGUUCGGACUUUCAUACACCACGUUUGCGUAUUCGGAUUUGAAAGUCCAGAAGAUGCAACCGGGUCCGUAUGAACCUACAAAGGGAACAACAAAGGCGGCGCCGACGUUUGGAACGAUCGAUUACAAUGAGACUAAUGCGGAGUUUCCGCCAGGGUUCCACGCCGUGAAUAAGUACAUCUAUCCUUAUUUGAGUGAACCUGUCCCAAGGGGAGAGUCGCAAAAUUGGCCAGUGGGCAGCAGAGAGGGGACGCCGCAGCCGAAAUUACCUGCUGGGGGUAGUGCGGGUGGCAAUAGACAGCUUUAUGAUGUCUUGUAUGUGGUUACCGCGACGGUCAAGAAUACAGGGAGCGUGAAGGGGGUAGAGAUUCCGCAAUUGUAUCUCUCACUUGGUGCCCCAACCGACCCCAAGAUUGUCCUCCGCGGCUUCGAUGACCUCACGCUCGAUCCAAAUGAGAGCGCAACAUUUGAAGUCAAGCUCACGAGACGAGAUCUGAGUAAUUGGGAUACGGUGAGCCAGAACUGGGUUGUCAGUUCUUAUCCGAAGACGGUUUAUGUGGGCGGAAGUUCGAGGAAUUUGCCAUUGAAGGGCGUGCUAGGCUGAGUGAGAGUGGAUUUAUAAACAAUAUGCUACUACUGUGAGGCAUUAUAUGAUGUAUCCUUCAAAUUUUGAAGCAUAAAAUCAAAAAAUCUACUUGCGUUACUACACAU